UUGUCGCUCAGUCUGUUGACAACUUUAAAACGUGAUAUUUGAAUCAAGAUUUUUCGAAAUGAUGUCGAGACCGACUGAUAUCGUCCAGGGAUCCAACAAGGAGGAGACGCCGCAAGGGACUCCUCCGGAUACUCCUAAGUUGAUGCCUGGCGGCAACUACAUCAAAAUCGGUCGCGAUUCGGCCAAAAGCACCUGUCUCGUCUUCGCCCCCCUCGCCGAAGAAGUCGGCGUUUUAGCCAAAUGCCUCAACAUUUUCAAAAAACACGGCGUUAACCUCCUCCACAUCGAAUCUCGUUCCUCGGUUCGCAUCCCCAACAACUACGAAUUCAUGAUAGAGUGCGCCCCCACCGGCGACCUCCCCUCCGCCAUCGCCGAAAUCAAGAAAAACACCGAAUACUUCAACAUCAUCUCGCGAGAUUACAAAGACAACAAGGAUUCAGUGCCGUGGUUCCCAUGCCGCAUCCGUGACUUGGACAAGUUUGCCAACCAGAUUUUAUCCUAUGGAUCGGAGUUGGACGCGGACCAUCCCGGAUUUACCGAUCCGGUAUACAGGGCAAGAAGGAAGUAUUUCGCGGAUAUUGCUUAUAAUUAUAAACAUGGAGAGAAAUUACCACAUGUUGACUACACCGAAGAGGAGAUUGAGACCUGGGGGAAGGUUUUCGACCAACUGACGACGCUGUAUCCCACUCAUGCCUGCAAGGAGCACAAUCAUGUGUUUCCCCUGUUGAUAGAAAAUUGCGGCUAUAGGAGGGAUAAUAUUCCGCAGCUGGAAGAUGUCUCCAACUUUUUGAAAGACUGUACCGGUUUCACACUCCGUCCAGUAGCCGGCCUUCUCUCAUCUCGCGACUUUUUGGCCGGUUUGGCCUUCAGAGUGUUCCAUUCAACUCAAUACAUCCGACACCCAAGCAAACCUUUCUACACCCCGGAACCGGACGUUUGCCACGAACUUUUAGGCCACGCUCCUUUAUUCGCGGACCCUUCAUUCGCACAGUUCUCGCAACAAAUCGGUUUAGCUUCGCUUGGUGCUCCAGAUGACUACAUUGAAAAGCUUGCAACUUGUUUUUGGUUCACUGUGGAGUACGGAUUGUGCCGCGAAGGCAACGAGUUGAAGGCCUACGGGGCUGGAUUGUUAUCCUCUUACGGGGAGCUUCAAUACGCUUUGGAAAAUAAGGCUGAAGUAAGGCCUUUUGAGCCUGAGAAAACAGCUGUUCAGGAAUAUCCCAUCACGCAGUAUCAACCGGUUUAUUUCGUGGCUGAGAGUUUUGAAGAUGCUAAAGAAAAAAUGAUAAAAUAUGCAGCCACGAUACCGAGAGCUUUCGGUGUCAGAUACAAUCCUUAUACCCAAAGUAUUGAAGUUUUGGAUUCUAAACCACAAAUCGAAAGCUUGGUCACUAAUAUAAGUACCGAAAUUUCAAUUCUUGUAGACAGUUUGAAAAAACUGUAAGUUUUUGGUAAAAAUAAGUAUUAUCAUAAGGCAUAAUAAUUUUUUAUUCUUAUGUUUAAUUGUGUCUAAAUUAUUUUUUUUAAUAAAAACUUUACAAACCAGAA